CCGCGACAUGAGGCGCAAACGACGCUGACAUGUCGGGCCCACGGACGAACUGGAGGCGCAUCGGCGACAAGUUCUACCGCAAAGUCGAGCUAUACACCAAUGUCUUCGACGUCGACCUCGCGCUGGAGAACUACACCGUAACCGGCGCUCCGUACAGUGGUGCAGUAGCAGCACUGCGACGCGAUGAGAGCAAAGUAUACUCGUUCCGCGGCCCUCAAUCCGCCAAAUCCACCAUCGACAUCCACAGCUGCGCCGGCAAGCUGAUACAGCACAUUCAAUGGGACCGAGGCAAGAUUAAAAGCGUAGGAUGGUCGGAAGAUGAGAAGCUGCUGGUUGUUACGGAGGAUGGCAGCGUGCGCAUAUACCCAGACUUGCACGGCGAUUUCACUCCCUUCACCUUGGGUCAUGGCGCCGAUGAGCAUGGCGUGGUGGCCUGCAAGUUCUGGUCCAGCGGAUUUGUCGCGCUGCUGGGUAACAACAGUGUCGUCGCCGUCACGCGAUACGACGAGCCGCGACCGCAGCUCCUGGCGUCUGCCCCGUCGGGCGAGGUCAUCUCGUGGACUGUGAUCCCUCCAGAAUACACAUCAUCCCGCUCGGUGGAGGUCCUGCUCGCCAUAAACGAUACUGUCUACGUGCUGGACGCGGUGGAGUGUGAGGAUAGAGGCCUUCAAGCUGGGCCAUUCCGACACAUCGCCGUAUCGCCCAACGGCAAGUUCAUUGCCCUCUACACCGAUGACAGCAAAGUCUGGGUCAUCGGCAGUGACUUCCAAGAACGAUUCAGCGAAUAUGAAUCCAACGUCAAGACUGCGCCGCGUGACCUGCAGUGGUGUGGCAACAAUGCAGUCGUACUUGCCUGGGAAGACGAGAUCCACCUGAUCGGGCCAAAUGGAGCAGCGUCAACAUGGGAGUACAAUUCAAUCGUCCACCUUCUGCCAGACAUCGACGGCAUCCGCGUCCUGACCAACGACGUCUGCGAAUUUGUGCAAAAGGUGCCUGAUGCGACCGAAGAGGUUUUCAAGCCCGGCUCGGCCUCGCCUCCCGCUGUGCUGCUCGACGCCAUCAGCCAGCUGGAGAACAAGUCGCCGAAAGCGGACGACAACAUCCAACUGAUUAGGGCCAAUCUCGACGAAGCUGUCGACACCUGUGUACGUGCGGCAGGUCAGGAGUAUAGCAUCCACUGGCAGAAGCAACUCCUCAAGGCUGCAUCAUUCGGCAAGUCGGUGCUUGACCUCUACAACAGCGACGAUUUUGUCGACAUGACUGAAGCAUUGAGGGUAUUGAAUGCUGUGAGAUCUUUUGAGAUUGGCCUCCCCGUGUCCUACGACCAAUACAUUCGACUGACACCGGAACGUCUUGUGCAGAGGCUAGUCAACCGGCGAGAGUUUCUGUUGGCCCUCAAGGUAUCGCAAUAUCUCCAUCUGCCAGUCGACAAAAUCUAUGUGUCUUGGGCACGUCAAAAAGUGCGCAGUUCGAGCACGGACGAGGACAAGAUUUGCGAGGAAAUCGUGCAGAAGCUCAAUGGCAAGCGUGGCAUUUCAUUCGAGGAGGUAGCGCGAGCUGCAUAUGAUGAAGGAAGAGGAAAACUGGCUACUGAGCUGCUUGAGCACGAGCCAAGAGCAGGCAAGCAAGUUCCCUUACUGCUGGACGUUGGCGAGGAGACCAUUGCGCUCGACAAGGCCAUCGAAAGUGGCGAUACGGAUCUGGUCUUCUACGUGCUGCUGAAUCUGAAGAAGAAGAUUCCGCUCUCCAGCUUCUUUCGAACCAUCAACAGCCGACCUGUCGCAACAGCGAUCGUAGAGGCCUCGGCGAUUGAUCAAGAUCAAGAAAUGCUCAAGGACCUGUAUUACCAGGACGAUCGUAGACUUGAUGGUGCCAACUUGCUGGUGACAGAGGCGCUGACCGCCAGCGAUGUUGGUCCUGCAUCUGACAAGCUCAAGAUGGCAACGAAGCUGCUACGAGACAGCAAGGAGUUCGCGCUGCAAGCGACCGCCCUUGAGGAAGCUCAAAAGCUUCUUCGCCUGCAAGAGGCCUUCGAGAAGGACCUUGUGAACGCGCGCUACGUUGGUUUAUCGGUCAACGAGACACUUUCGAAGCUCAUCAAGACUGGAAACAUCAAACGGUCCCAAAAGCUUCAAACCGAGUUCAAAGUGAGCGACAAGACCUACUGGUGGAUACGGCUUCGAGCUCUUGUAAGUCGCCGUGACUGGAGGGAGUUGGAAGAAGUGUCGAAGCAGCGCAAAAGCCCUAUUGGCUGGGAGCCUUUCUUCAACGAAAUACUGGGCGCAGGACAGCCCAAAGUUGCCGCAGCAUUCAUUUCGAAAUGCACCUCCCUUUCGCCUGCGGAAAGGAUUGAGAUGUGGGUGAAAUGCGGCAUGAUCAAACAAGCAGGCGAGGAGGCUCUCAAAGCCAAAGAUCGCGCUGCGCUCGAAGAACUCAGGACGAAAGCCACGAGUCAACAAAUGCUCGACAUUGACCGCAUGAUUGCUCAACUUACCAAAGGCCGCUGA